AGAGCUGUCCAAAUCCGAUCACUGUACCGUGAAUUCUUUCCCUUUCACUGAAAUUAUGAUUUCUUAGCAAAAAAACGGAUUUUUUUGGACAAUUUUAGCAUGAAUUCAGUACUCGUGAAUAAGAUUACAGAUCAUUAUCGACUAACAUGUGGGAUUUGUGAGGAAACAUAUAAUAAUCCUAAAGUUCUGCCGUGUCUUCAUUCGUUYUGUCUCGUCUGCUUGGACAAAAGUAUCAGGUCCCAAGACAGAACAAUCAAAUGCCCAACAUGUCGUCACUUGGUACCAGUCCCAGCCAAAGGAGUCGAAGCUUUUCCUAUCAAYUUCUUCAUAAACAAUAUGCUCACUGUCCUCGCUGUGCAGAACCCGACUAAAUGUACAAACUGCGAAGAUAGUGCCCAGGCCACCGCACGCUGUCUCGAYUGCGUAGAAAAUCUAUGUAACAACUGCGUGCAUGCGCACAAAAGGAUCCGCCAGACCAAGGAUCAUCGAAUAUUGACCUUUGAGGAGAUUUUGGGRAAUGAAGUCAAGGAGACGAUUAACUGUCCUUCGUUUUGUGGAAUGCACCCGAGAGAGAUGCUUAAGUACUUCUGUGAGUCAUGUGACGAGGCCAUAUGCCGGGACUGUGCCAUAUACGAACACAGAGACCAUAUCUACGUCGAUCUUAAGGAAGCUGUCAAGAAAUACAGAUCAACAAUUACAAAUAUGCUAGAUAAUAGCAACAGGAAAAUACCUGUCGUAAGGAUUGCUGUAGAUGAAGUSAAAGAAGUCAGACAAAAUCUCGAYCAGAGAGUUGAGACGGUGAAGAAAACCAUCCAAGACACUAUCCAAGGACAUAUAAAAGCCUUGGAAGAACAAGCAGCCGGUUUAAUGGCGGCAUUGGACUCUAUUUACAGAGACAAAGCAAAGGUGUUGACCAAUCAGCAAGAGAUCCUAGAGCUGGACUUGGCCAAUCUUUUAAGCACCAGCGAAUUUACCGAAAAUGUCCUUAGGUAUGGAAACGAGGCAGAAGUCAUGCUUGUGAAACCACAGAUGAUCAGCAGACUUACCCAACUCAACGCUCACGAGUCUCAGACCGAACCAGAAGAGAACGACAUUGUGAACUUCACAUCUAAUGAUGCAGCACUUUCUAAGGUCAUCAGCCAAUUAGGAAAAGUUACUACAAGUUCGGCGUUUCCCCUUUUGACGUAUGCCGAAGGACCUGGCCUGAUCAAUGCUAAAGUUGGUUAUGUUGCCAAGUUUACAAUCUUUGCUAUGGAUCGUAAUGGAGAAGCUUGUGGCUCAGGUAAUGAUCCACUAUCGGUGAAAAUACGCUCCCCAUUCGGCUCCCCCCUGAUUGGAGACAUCGAAGAUAAAGACGAUGGUACAUAUACCGGAAGUUUUACACCUACAGUCAAGGGGGACCACCAGGUCAACGUUACUUUGCGAGGAAAACAUAUCAAAGGAAGCCCAUACGAUCUACAGGUAAGAAGCUUAACUGCGUCACAUCCGGUUGAAUAUUCCCGGAUGUGAGGCAAACUCCUUCAAUCAGACAANGUCGCUAUCGACUCAGAAGAUCGUGUUCUCGUCGCCGACCGCGACAACCACCGAAUCAACGUCUUCGAUGUCGACGGGAACCCGAUGUUCACGAUCGGAAGUUAUGGAGAUGCCGACGGAAAGUUCAACUGCCCUCGGCAUAUCAACGUAUCACCGAAGGGUGAGAUCCUUGUAUCUGACUCAGGAAACUUCCGAGUUCAAGUGUUCGACAGCCAAGGGGCUUUUCAGUUUAAGAUAGGAGAGAAAGGUACUARCGAUGGACAGUUCAGUUGUCCUGCUGGUGUGUGCACUGACUCCGAAGGCCACAUCGCCGUCGCAGACUUAAAAAACUUGAAUGUACAGAUCUUYGCGUGUGAUGGGGAGUUUAUAAAGAAGAUUGGACAAGAUCCUGAUUCAUCCAAGACAGCUAGCUUCUUCUCGAAGCCGACCGGGCUCGCCAUWAACGACAAUGGAAAUAUCCUUGUUGCAGAUCGAGGUCGCCAUCAGGUGCACAUGUUUUGAAGUGACCCCACUAGAUAGAACAUUAAGUUACAUGUAGUUGUUACAUUUAAAUCGACCAGUGGUCGUUAUAACGAGGUUCGAGGUUUGAAUUGACCCAUCAAAGUCAGCAAUUGGUCGCACUUAACGWGGUCUCRGGGAAUUUAACUCGGACAGUGGCCGUUUCAACGAGGUUUUAUGCCUGAAUUAAAMCAUGCAGGUCAGCCAUUGGUCGCGUUGAACGAGGUUUAWGCAAAKUUACAAUUAAAUAUUGUGAGGUCAGGUAAAACACUUCGAAACAAACGGUGUAUUAUUUAUUAUAUCCAAGUUUACGAUGUCUUUCAAAACACGGAUGCUUGGACUGCAUUCUCUGCCAGGGGCGAAAUGGCGUCAUCGUAAUUUGUGUAUAUUAAUAUUUGACUAAAGAUCCAUAUACGAUAUACGAUCGUAGAAGUAGUGAAUUAAGUAAAUACUUAAUAAAUGAUAUUGGAGAAAUUAA